UGCGAACAUGGCAACAUCAGCUGAUUGUUACCAGACAGUGUUCCGUUCCUUCCAAGCGCUGAGAGGAAUCGGUCUGUCUAUGUAGAUACAGCAUAGGACUGACAAUUCAUCCUCCUUCUCUACAGUUUCUGCGAUGGCUAGCACAAAGGGUCAGGUUAUCAAAUGCAAGGCAGCGGUUGCCUGGGAAAAGAGCCAGCCGAUGACGGUAGAGGAAAUAGAAGUAGCCCCACCAAAAGCGAAGGAAAUUCGUAUUAAGGUCAUAGCUGCAGGCCUGUGCCACAGUGACCUGAGUGGGUGGAAGGGUAUCCUGUCCCAAACCAACUUCCCCUGCGUCCUGGGGCACGAAGCCAGCGGGGUCGUCGAGAGUGUGGGGGAGGGAAUCACUUCAGUGAAAGAAGGUGACCAUGUCCUGUCGUCCUUCCUGCCCCACUGCCAUGAGUGCCACUUGUGCAAAUCACCCAACACGAAUUUGUGCAUGAAAUUAAUUGAAUCCGUGGGAUCCAAUGGUACUUUGGCUGACGGCACAACCCGCCUCUCCUGCAAGGGCAAGACGCUCCAUCACUUCAUCUCUUGUUCGACCUUCGCUGAAUACGCCGUUCUUCCGGAUGGUUUCUUCACAAAGAUAAGAAAAGAUGCUCCCAUGGACAAGAUCUGUCUUCUUAGUUGCGGAGUGACAACAGGCUAUGGAGGACCCGUCAAAGUAGCAAAGGUCACACCUGGGUCAACCUGCGCAGUUUUUGGCCUCGGAGCCGUUGGUCUUGGCGCAGUCAUGGGCUGCAAGCGUCAAGGAGCAGGAAGGAUCUUUGGUGUCGACAUCAACAACGAUAAGAAGGAAGUCGCGAAGCUCUUUGGAGUGACAGACUUCGUGAACCCAAAAGAGCACCAGAAGCCCAUUGACCAGGUACUGCUGGAGAAGACACGGCAGGUGGGCUGUGACUACGCCUUCGAGUGCAUUGGCAACUUGGGCGUCAUCCAGUCGGCACUGAAUGCCUGUCGUUUGGGCGAGGGACAGUGUGUCGUCAUAGGAGUGCCAGCCGCCGGAACCACCAUUGCUGUUGACCCAAUGCAGUUGCUUUUCAGCAAAGUCCUCACAGGAUGCUUCUUUGGAGGUCUGGAACCUUCGGAGGUACCUGCCCUCGUCGACGAUUACAUGAAGAAGAAGAUCAUGCUGGACGAGUUUAUAACUCACAAACUUCCUAUAGAGGACAUCAACAAGGCUUUCGAAUCCUUGAUUCAGGGGAAGACUCUCAAGACCGUCUUGCACUUCUGAGCCAUGAGAGUAAAUGAGGAAGUGAGGAAACUGAGGAGAAUGAAUUAUUAAGUCAGACAAAGUAGCAAGGAGGAAAAAAAUUAUCAUUUCACCUACCGCUGCCAAAAGUCCAGCGCCACCAACUGCAACAAAAACACGAAAAUUCUGAGACUUACUAUUUUACACCAAACUCCUCAAUCUAAAAGCAAGAAUAAAAAAAUAUUGUACCAAGACAAACACGAAUUGAAUAAAAGUAUGAGAAAA